AUGAGCAUGAAUCCGAUACUCGAGUACGAACGAUCGACCUUCUGCCGUGUGUCUACUGUAAAAGGUCGACAUCCAGACCAGAAACUAGAAACACCUAACCAAAGACGAACAAAGACACUCAACCAAAGACAAAGCCACUCACCAAAGACAAAGCACUCAUCCAAAGACACUCAACCAAAGACAAAGCCACUCAUCCAAAGACACUCAACCAAAGACAAAGCCACUCAUCCAAAGACAAAGCCACUCAACCAAAGACAAGCCAUCAAAAGACACUCAACCAAAGACAAAGACACUCACCCACUCAACCAAAGACACUCCAAAGCAAAGCCACUCAACAAAGACAACACUCAACAAAGACAAAGCACAUCAAGACCCAAAGACAAAAAGACAAAAGCCACUCAACCAAAGAAACUCAACAAAGACAAAGCCACUCAUCCAAAGACCACUCAACAAAGACAAGCCACUCAUCCAAAGACCUCACCAAGACAAAAGCACUCAUCCAAAGACACUCAACCAAAGACAAAGCCACUCAUCCAAAGACAAAGCCACUCAACAAAGACAAAGCCACUCAACCAAAGACAAAGCCAAACCACUCAACAAAGACAAAGCACUCAACCAAAGACAAAGCCUCAUCAACAAAGACAAAGCCACUCAUCCAAAGACAAACCACUCAUCCAAAGACAAAGCCACAACCAAGAGACAAAGCCACUCAUCCAAAGACAAAGCCACUCAACCAAAGACACUCAACCAAAGACAAACAAAGCCACUCAACCAAAGCCACUCAACCAAAGACAAAGCCACUCAUCAUCCAAAGACACCACUCAACAAAGACAAAGCCACUCAACCAAAAAGACAAAGCCACUCACAAAGACAAAGCCACUCAUCAAAGACAAAGCCAUCAACCAAGACCCAAAAGACAAGUCACUCAACCAAGACAUCAAAGUCAAGAAAGCCAUCACCAACCAAACCAAAGACAAAGCCACUCAUCCAAAGACAAAGCCACUCAACCAAAGACAACUAGAACACUCAAACAGCUGUCUGCACAAGGAAAACCCUCCCAAUAAAUAA